AGAAUAAAAUUUACCGUUACACUAGUUACAGAGCAGUUAUAUUUGUUUUGAUGGGUAGUUUCUCUGAUCAGCUUACGAUAUGUUGACAGUUUCAUUGUAACUGGCAUUCCGAAGAGUUAAUAAUGUCAAACAUGUCGAAUGGCAGCGAUGAGUCGCUGGGUUCCACCGAGGAGAUCAUAACGGUUCGUGAAAUUAAGCAGCAGACACCUAUAAUGACAAGAUCUGCCUUUUCCGUCGGAAGGGAUCACAGUGAUGAAUCCAAUAGUCAGUGGUCACCUACAAGAUCCCCAACACGAUCCUCGCAAAAUGCAACGGGAAACUUAAGAGGUGAUCAUCCCUUUCCUCCUAUUAUACCAUUAAAUGUUGGGGGUGUUACAUACAUGACAAGAUUAUCAACAUUGUUACGUUAUCCUGAUUCUAUGCUUGCAGCCAUGUUUAGUGGAAGGUAUCAAAUAGAUUUGGACAAAGACAAUAAUUUCUUUUUGGAUAGCAAUGGUGCCAUAUUUGGUCAUAUAUUGGAAUACUUGCGACAUGGAACAUUACCACCAUAUGAUAUGUGUAGUUUAGUUCACAGGGAUGCAAUGUAUUAUGGACUGGUUGAACUUGCUGAACAAUUGUCUUUAAAACCAGAAAUGGCCACAAUUGCCGUGCGGGAAGCUCACAGGGGUCAAUUUCCUAACUACCAACAUGUAAAAGAGACUGUGAUCAAAGUUGGUAUUGAAAAUGCCACUUGCAACAAAAUUGGUGGAGUUGUGAUUCAUGCAAUGAGGACGGAAUUCAAACCUAAAGUACAAAAUUUUAACCCAAAACAUGGUUGUGUUGUGGAGCAAGCACAUGUUAGUGUUGGACCAUGGGAAGGUUUAGCAGACGAAGAAGUAUUUAUACGAUGUUUAGAAAGUGACCUGAUUGAAGAAGGCUUUAAUAUCAAAUCCCAUGAUGGCAAAAGAAAAUGCAAAUAUUAUUAUGGCCAAACUUGCCAAAAAUUUGUUUUUAGAAUUCAGUUUGUAUUUGAUUAAUAUACUUUACAGCCAUGCUUCCUUAUAAGGGAAAUGUGGUAUAUAUACUCUUCAAAAAAACGUAGGGGAUAUUCAGAAACAAUACACAGUGUUUAAGGUCAUGAGACGAAGAAGCCUAUUGAUUUUCAGCGAUUUCCGAUAAUUACUGCCAGAGUUAUGGCCCUUGAUCACUUUGAAAAAUCUUGUGGACGCUCUAGAGGCUAAAGUUAAUAUCCAAUUGACUUUAAAUUUAUACACAGUGUUUGAGGCCAUGAGACGAAGAAUCAUAUUGAUUUCGGAUAAUUACAGCCAAAGUUAUGGCCCUUGAUCACUUUGAAAAAUCUUGUGACGCUCUAGAGGCUAAAGUUAUUAUCCGAUUGACUUCAGAUUGAUACACAGAGUUUAAGGUCUUGAGACCAACAAGUAUAUUGAUUUUCAAUGAAUCUUUAUGAAAUGAAAUGAAAUGAAAUGGAGUUUAACGUCCUACUGUUGAAUCUUUAUGACUUGAACAGCUAAAUCCAUGAUGUUAAAAAUUUCGUAUACUAAACGUUAGCAUGGGGCAGAAGUUUAUAAAAACCAACAAAUUCUAAUGAUUUUCUUAUAAUUACUUAAUGAGUUGUUACUCUUAAUCAGAUUUUAAUGUAGUAUAAAUGUCUCACUUCACCAAUCCUCAGACAUUCAGCAAUUCGUCAUGGCAUGCUCCUAAUCAACCGUCCAAUCAAGAUUUGGGGCAAUCUGACCCACUCCUCUUGCAGUGCCACGGUCAAUUCUUGCAAUGUUGUCGGUUGACGUCGACGAACACGCCUUCCGAUCAAAUUAAACGUAACACACUAAAGCAAAGAUACGCUUAACAGUAAAUCUUAUGCAAGAACCGAUAGGAAAGCAAACAUGGAUAGGAUAAACCAGCAAGCGGCAGUUUUCAUCAACCCUUCCUUGAAGUGUCAAAUUUGACAAUGAACCCCUCCCAUGUGUAUGGUGCUAUUGCGUGUCGUACAUGCAGCUCAGUGGUUCUGUUGGGGAGAUAAGUUAUUCAUCUGUGAACAUACUCUCAAAGCAUGUCAAGUGUCCAUGAUUAUUUAUCAUGUCACAACUUGCGUAGGUAUUUGAUUUUCAAUAUCCCCAACUUUUUUUGAAGAGUAUAUAUAUAUAUACAAUACAAGAGAGAGAGAGAGAGAAUAGGGUUUAAUGUCCACUCAACACAAACUAGGUCAUUUCGGGACUAACACAUGGUUCAAUUUUAUUUCAAUAGUUUGCUUGCGCAUAGGGGUCUUUUGCAGUGGGAGGAAACCGGAGGACCCAGAGAAAACCCACAAGGUUGGACGGGCGACUCUACUCCUUAUCACGUAUAACCGGGGAAUCAAAACCACACUCAAUACCACAAGACAGUCACAUUCUAUACAUGUGUUCUGUACAUGAUAUGCCAUGCAUUGGCUAAGUAUUCGCUAUUCAAGAAUCAACCAAUAAUCUGCGAGUUAAUGCACAGAGCAUAGGUAUAUAAGGCUGUAUCUUUUCCCUUGUAUCUCAUUGUCUUCGAUAUCACUUCGGUGCAAGCAGACAUUAAAUAUAGCUAUUUCACACACACACACCCACACUUGACACACACUUGUACCUAUAGAAAAGAUAACAAUAUUAAAUUAAUUUACCAGAAACUUUCACCUUUAAUAUUAUGGUAUAAAAUGUGAGAUUAUAGUAUGUAUUUAAUAUAUUUGUGAUCCUUGAUUUAAAGUUGUAUAUACAUGUAACAGACUGUUUAAUGUUAACGCUUGUUUAUCUAGCAAAGGGUUUAUUAUACUUAGUUUUAUUGAAGAAAUAUACCAAAAUUAUAUUUCUAGGGCCUACACACAGUGAUGAUAGUUUCACUGUUUUUAAUGUAUUUAUGAUAAUGAUUUUGGACACAUCUUUAAUCAAUAGAUAUUAUAAGUAGAUAGUGACUGUGAUAUUUCACAAAUAAUGCACUGAACUACAUGUAUGUCCAGUUACUUCUUCACUGUCUAUAAAAUACUUUUAAAUAUAAUCUUGAUUUUAUUUUUUUAAACACAUUUACUUUCAGUCCUAUUCUUUGAUCUCACAUACAUUAAUCUUCUUUCUAUUCCUGUAUUUCAUACAACCACACUCAAAGUGUGGCUAUAUUUUGAUCACCCUUGUGUGUCUGUCCUAUUCAUAAUAAUUUUUAGGUUCCUGGUUGGGGAAAUUAGAGCUUUAGCCAUUUUUGAUGACAUAUACAAGCAAGUAAAUGUGUUGUUUCAUCAUGUAGUUGUGUCCUAUUGAAUAUUUAUGAUUUUCAGUGAUUAUUAACAGAGUUUUAGCCUUUUAUUCAAAAAUAUUUCUGUAAUAUGCUAAUUUUUCUGACAGACUUCCAUGUGGUGAUAGCUCCUGUGGACUAUGUAGACAACAGAAUUAUCAGUGGCUGUACAUCAUGUAUAAUUAUUUAAAGUUAUUUUUGAUCACUUUAUUCUAACUGUAAUAUUAGUUUGUGACUUGCCUUUAAAAUUUUACUUAAAACUUAAAAAAAACAUAACAACCAUGCCUUAUACCCAUGAUAUAUAUGUGUGGUUUAAUGUUCGAGUGUUGUUUCAAUAUACUCUUCAAAGAAACUGCAGAAAUGCACUGAUGUUUUUAAUAGAAGCAACCAGUGUGUGUUAAUAACUGGCCAAUUGUUUACACAUAAACAUAAACAGUUCAUAUGGGCGGCUUAUCUGAUGGCCCCAUUUCUCUGGCAAUGAGAUACACUGUCAAAAGUAAAAAUGGACGUUUUUGAUUUUUGUCUUAAUAAUGAGUAAUUGCUCCACCAAUCCUUAGAGGCAUGCUCCUAAUCAACCAUCCACGACCAAUUCUUGCAGUGUUGUCGGUUGAAGUUGACGUCGAUAAACACGUCUCCCAAUCAUGUCCCAGACAUGCUCUAUAGGGGAAAGGUCAGGACUCAUGGCUGGCCAAGGCAUAUGGACAAUAUGGUGAUGCUGGAGGUGGUCAUUCAUGACACGAGCGCGGUGGGCAUGGGCAUUAUCAUCUUGAAAGGUGAAACUUUGACCUGCACGUUGAGCAAAGGGCAGAAGUAUCGGUGCUAGGAUGUGGUCAUGGUAGUACACACCAGUGACCCUUCCUUGAACAAUUCCCCAUAACAGACCCAUGCCCAAAUCUGUCAUGCUGCCUGGCGUUAUCGUUAGCAUAACGCUCAUUUACACACCUCCAAACGCAAGCUCUCCUAUCGGUCAAAUCCAGAGUAAAUCUGGACUCAUCUGAGAACAUUACACACGCCCAUCAACGAUUACCCCAAUUCUAUGCUGCCUACACCAUUGACAUCUAUUUGCCAUGUGCUCGUGAGUUAAUGGACGCACAACACGUGGUCGUCGCGCAUGCAAAUGGGCUGCAUGUAGGCUUUACAGGACCUGUGUACAAAUGUAUCGAUCCUGGGCUUAUCAUCAACAUUGUGUGUUUGUUGGUACCGGUUCCACAGUCUGCUGAUCACAGACUGUUACACAUUAAGCAUGUUGGCUACUGCUCGCUGUGUAGAACCCAUUUCAAGCAUGCCAAUAGCAUGUAGACGUUCAUCAUGCUUAAGAAGUCUCAUUGCAAAUUAAACAUAACACACUAAAACAAAGAUAUGCUAAACAGUAAAUCUUAUAUGCAAGAACUGAUAGGAAAGCAAACAUGGAUAGGAUAAACCAUCACGCGUCAGUUUUCAUAAACCCUUCCUUGAAGUGUCAUAUUUGACAAUGUACCCCUCCCACGUGUAUGGCGCUAUUGCUUGUCGCACGUGCAACUCAGUGGUUCUGUUGGGGCGUUAAGUUCUUCAUCUGUGAACACACUCAAAGCAUGUCAAGUGUUCAUGACUAUCAUAUCACAACCUGCAUAGGUAUUUGCAUUUCAAUAUCCCCUACUUUUUUUAAAGAGUAUAUUAUGCAGUAUCUUGCUCCGACCAUUAAACAACUUAAAAUACUGAUACACUACCUUGCAAGCACAUUUCAAUGAAAUUUUCAUGCAAGUCCAAUAUUUCAUCUAGUAUAUAUAAUUGCCAGUACCAUUAUUUAUAAUGAAAUUUUUAAUAGUUUACGAUUGGGACUUCUUUUACCCUUACCAAUUUAACAAAGAUGUAGGCUAUGAGAUUUAUAUGCAAAUUCUCUGCGUUGUUUUUUAAUUAUUAUUAAUUUGGCAGGUUAUAUAAAAUAAUUAUAUGUACAGAUAUCAAUAGUCAUAUUAUAAUUAACUGUGAUUUAAUGUUUUAUAUAUUUGUUACUACUAAACCGGUUAUAUAUUAUGUUUGUAUUUUAGCUUAAUGUUGCAUAUAGUCAUUUAUUGGUCAAGAUAUUAUAUAAAUCCAAGAUGCAAUGAAAAUAUGUUUUUCUUUCCUUUUGAAAUUAUCUUAAUAAUUAUGCCUACAAGCCAGAAACAUAAAUAAUCAAAAAUAAAUUUUAAUUACAACAAAGUUGAUAUUAUGUAAGUUUGUGUUGUGUAGGCUGUUGCAAUAUUAAUAUUAAGUGUAGCCAUUGUUUGAUGGUCGUUUACUAAAGAAUGUUAUGUUCUUUUAUUUAAUAUAACUGUGCCAAGAGAUCUAUUGGUCUAUGCAUCUGGAGUCGACCAAUCACAUGCAACACAUUACCAAAUGUGUUGCAUCCCCACAUGAUUUUAAAUCAAGAUGUGGUGGAGAUACCAAUUGAAUAAUGAAACAGUGCAUAAAUUUUGGUGUAAUUUAAAUUGAAUUAAAGCGAUGCCAUAUAUUCAACAUUUAUUUUUAGAUAAUGGCCAAAUUGAUUUAGCCCUAGGUUGUUGUAGAGAUUAUUCUUGUUUUAUGAUAUUAACAGGGCAUUCCCAACCAUUAUUAUAUUAAUAUGGUAGUCUAACAUGUUUUACACUUUAAUCUUAUUAUAUUCUAGUUAUGAAAAAUAUAAAAAAUAGCACUCUA